AUGGGCGGUUCCGCUGUCACCAGAUGCCUUGUAACGCUGGGCUUAAUGCUCAGCGUCACAGCCAAUACCCCUGCCAAACCGCCAAAUAUCGUGUUCGUCAUCACCGAUGAUCAGGACUCGCAUAUGAACUCGUUGGAGCACAUGCCAAAUUUGCAAAGGUACCUCGUGAAGGAAGGGACAUCGUUUAGCAAUCAUUUCUGCACCCUUGCGCUCUGCUGCCCAUCCCGGGUCAACCUGUUGACUGGAAAGGCGGCGCAUAACACGAAUGUUACGGAUGUCACUCCACCAUUUGGUGGUUAUCCCAAGUUCGUCGCCAACGGCUUCAAUGACAACUAUCUCCCCUUGUGGUUGCAGGAAGCCGGGUACAAUACCUACUACGUCGGCAAGUUCAUGAACGGCUUGAGCACUAAUAAUUACAACCCCGGGCCGAAAGGCUGGACUGGCUCCGAUUUCUUAUUGGGCAUGACAACAUAUGACUACUGGGGUGCGGUAAUGAGCCGUAACCGUGGGGCACCAGUGGACUACACUGGUCAAUACUCCGGCGAUGUUGUCGCCGACAAGGUCUUGGGAUUUAUGGAUGAUGCAAUCCAAGACGAUAAACCAUUUUUUGUGGCUGCCGCCCCUGUUGCUCCUCAUGGCCAAGUUAAGCCUAGGCCAUUGUGGUUUGAUAAGCCUGAGUACCCGGAACGACAUGCCCAUCUCUUCAAGGACUACAAGAUCCCAAGAACGCCAAAUUUCAACCCGGAUACUCCUAGUGGAGCAGGAUGGGUUGCAGCCAUGCCUCGCCUGAACCAAACACAUAUUGAUUAUCAUGACGAGUACCAGCGAUGCCGGCUUCGAGCUUUGCAGUCUGUUGACGAAAUGGUUGGCCAGAUGGUCGAAAAGCUUGAAGAGAAUGGCCUUUUGGACAAUACCUAUUUCAUGUAUACCACUGACAAUGGAUUCCAUAUCAGCCAAUAUCGUCUUCCCCCAGGCAAGACCUGCGGUUUCGACACCGACAUUCGUAUUCCAAUGAUUGUUCGGGGCCCUGGUGUCCCCAAGGACCAGGUCAGCGAGGCCGUUUCUUCCCAUACCGAUUUAGCAGCUACGAUUAUGACUAUCGCUGGUCAGCCACGCGCGGGAUUGGACGGUGCCCCCAUGGCAUUCCUCCAAGAAAACCCGCGGAAGUCCGAGCACGUCGCGAUUGAGUUCUGGGGUGUAGGACGUACGGAAGGACCUUUUGACCCCUUUUAUCAAAAUGCUUUCAAACUUGAGGAUGGAAACUAUAAAAACAACACAUAUAAGAGCGUCCGUCUGAUUGGGGACGGAUACAAUCUUUAUUACUCUGUUUGGUGCUCGCACGAGCAAGAGUAUUAUGACGUUUCGACUGACCCUUCUCAAAUUCAAAACCUCGCAACUGAUCCGAUCCUUGCAAGCCAACAUAAGAUCCGCGGCCGUCCUUAUGACCAGAUUGUGAACAGACUCAACGCUCUCAUGAUGGUUGUUAAAUCUUGCAGUGGGAAUGAAUGCGUCGAGCCAUGGAAGAGUCUUCACCCAUCGGGUGGUGUUCGUAACCUGAAGGAUGCUCUUAAUAAGACGUAUGACGAUUUCUACGCACAGCACCCCAAGGUCAGCUUCGACUCUUGCGAAAUGUGGUACAUCCCAGAGAAGGAAGGCCCACAGGAAUAUAAUGUUUACCAGGCCAGCCAUCCUCAUCGCAGGCGAGACGUUGAGUACGGAGGCCAUUGGAGCUACUGGGUCUAG